UGUAUAGAUGUAUUCCAUAGAUGUAUGGAUUUUGUGGUGUAUUGAUGGAGCAUUCAUGGAUAGGGCUGUUCUUGCUGUUAGGUAUUAACAAUUAUAUGCUUGCUGUCGAUGUAUAUAGAUGGAUCAAGAAAAAGUAAAUCAAUCAAAAGCAAAUUGGGAUGCAAUUGCUGCCAAAGCAUUCUGUGAGAUAUGCGCUGAACAAAUGCUUGAAGGAAAUAGACCAACGGCUUUUUUGAGUACCACAGGGUACAAGAACUUAGAGCGAGAUUUUUUCCAACGAACUAGAAGAAACUACACUAGAAGACAAUUCAAAAAUAGAUGGGAUGCCAUGAAAGCUUUGUACUCAACAUGGAAGUACUAUAGAGGUAGAUGCACUGGGCUGGGUUGGGACCAAGCUACAAGAACUGUUACCGCCGACGAGGACCGGUGGCAAGAGACUAUAAAGGGCAAUAAACUUGCUGAAGGUUUUCGUAAAGGACCUCUAGAUUUCAUAGAUGAACUUGAAAUUAUGUUUGCGAGAGCUCAUGUUGAUGGGAAGAGUUCUUAUAUGCCCGGGGCAGGCAAUGAGCAAGUUAUUAUUGAAGAUGAUAAUGAAGGUGAGGAGGUACUAGUUACUCCUACAAGUCAGAAGAGUGGGUGUUUGAAUGGAAAGCGUGUGGGUAGUAGUGGUGGUGGAAGCCCAAAUAAGAAAAAGACCCCCAUGCAGAGAGAAUUCAAGCGUAUGGUUGAUCAUUAUACUUCUGACCGAUCGUCGGUGUCAUCUACUAGUAAUGCCACUUUAACUGCUGAGAUUGAAAGUACAAUGCAGAAGGUGGUGGAAUGUGGGGCAUCCGAAGAAAGUCCUGAGUACUACAUGGCAACCAAGUUGUUUGGCAAAGUUGAGAAUCGUGUCUUCUUUAAUACUAUGAAGACAAAAGAGGGAAGAUUGUGUUGGCUAACAAGGAUGUAUGAAGUGUUGGGAAUAUGCCCUAGAGUUAUGUUGUGUUCUGAAAUUAUUGUGCUGUGCUGGAAUUGUUCUGAAACUGUGCUGAAACUGUUCUGA